UACCCUUUUGCUUUUUUUGCUUUUUUCCUUUUACAUUCCUCACAUUAUUUCUUCUCUUUCACUCAAUACUAUUUUGCUAUUUCAUUACUGUCAUCACUACUCUUUUUUUGUUUCUUUGUGUUUUCAAGAUACCCUUUUGCCAGCAAGGGAUUUUGCUACUAUUGUGAUUUUAUUUCAGAACUUUGACUUCGGUUGUUCUGCAUAGUGAUUGGAAAACUACGCACCGUUUGUACCUUGCUUGAGAGGUGUAGUCCUCCUAAAUCUCCCAUUUUUCUGCCUACCCAAAGAAGUGCAAGUGAAAUAAGUUGAAGUAAAUACAAGCAAAUUGAGAAGUAAGGCAUAUAUAACAAGCAUCUGAAAUGGGGUCCGGAUACUGGCUAAAAAAUGUAAUCAGAUCGAAAAGAUUAAAGGGAACUUCUAUUGGACGCAAGGGGGAUGGCCAGUCUCAGAAAGAACCUUCAAGAAGAACAAAUGGUGCCUCUGUCAAAAAGCACAGAGAAAUGGGAAUUCCUUCUGAGGAAAAAGCAGCCAUAAGGAUUCAGACAGCUUUCCGUGCAUAUAAGGCAAGGAAAACUUUCCGUCGCUUGAAAGGGACAUCAAGGUUACGUUCUAUGACAGAAGGCCCUUCUGUGAAAAAACAAGCUUCGACAACCUUGAAUGCUCUCCAUUCAUGGAACAGGAUACAAGCUGAGAUUAGAGCGUGUCGUGUUCGUAUGGUCAUCGAAGGACGUCUUAAGCAGAAGAAGUUGGAGAAUCAAUUGAAGCUAGAGGCAAAGCUUCAUAAUUUAGAGGUAGAGUGGAGUGGUGGCCCUGAAACAAUGGAAGUUGUUCUGUCUAGGAUACAUCAGAGAGAAGAAGCAGCAGUGAAGCGGGAGCGGACAAUGGCAUAUGCAUUUUCACAUCAGAAUAUUAUGUCACAGUGGAGAGCCAAUUCCAACCCAUUCUUUGGAUCAAGUAACCAUGACUUAGGCAAAGCUAAUUGGGGCUGGAGCUGGAAAGAUCGCUGGGUCGCUGCUCGACCAUGGGAAAGCCGAAUCACUGUUCAAUCAAGUCCAAAAGUUGUCAAUAGGACAGCAAGCAAGACUCCUAAAAGUUAUAAAACUCAAACAACAAAAACACCAGGUUCUGUUAAAUCAACUUCUGCCAAUUGGAAACGUGCUAUGAAGCCUCGAAAGCUAUCAUACGAAGCAGCUGAUAAACUAACUGGACACAAAGGUUUCAACAAAAUUGAGACAAGCAUUGACAAACAGGAGGGUGGUAUCUUAGAAAGAAAUUGAAAGAAAAUAAUAUGUUCAAUCUAAGACGUGUUUCUACAGUUUCGAUGAGGAUUAAUGAUGGUUAAAAACUUGAAGUUGGAUAUGUGUCUGAGCAGUGAAGUGAAGUUUGCCAGUUUUUCGUUUAAAUUUCUGAAUUAUUCCGAGCUUAUGUAUAUGAAAGAAAAAAGGGUUGUUCAUUGGUUAUAAUGUGUAUAGAUAAAGUAUUUCUGUUUAUAAGUUAUUCAGAGCUCCGAAUAUUCAGUUUCAAUGUUUCUUUGUUGUGUUUGUUGCCAAUUUUUUUGCUCAGAACAUCUGUUUUGUACAUAAUGUAAAAGUUAUUGCAGAGUGUUUUUGGUUAUAACAACAUCUUAUUUCUUGGUGAUA